AUGGCAGACGACAAUGGGAACAAUUCCUCGAAAACGAGUCCUGCAGGGCGACUGUCCCAAGUAGCUAACCACGUUGCUCCACCAAAAAGACGCCGAGCUUCCAGAACGAAAGACGAGCUCCCACCAGAUUACUCCGACAUUCUCGGGCAACUUGACUCCCUACGAACGAUAGCAAGAAGUUUCCACGAAAUAGGCUCCGUCUCCGGCACAGUGGAAUGGAAGAAGCUUGAAGGUACACGGGAAGAACCUAUAUUAUACAUACCCAGCAACAAUGUGCAAGGAUUUGGAACGCUGCGGGGGAGGAGGGUGGUGUUUACCGCAGAUGAUUUUUCGAUUCGAGCGGGACACGCAGAUGGCGCCCUGAUGGAGAAGACAUUAUACAUGGAGAAAUUGGCUAUUUCCUUGAGGCUUCCGAUUGUUAAACUGGUGGACGGAAGUUCUGGUGGGGGCUCGGUAACGACGAUCAAGACGGCGGGAUUCUCGUAUAUUCCUCCAAUGCCGUCGUUCAAGAUAGUGACGGCGCAGUUGAAUCUUGGAAUUCCGAACUUGGGAGCUGUUCUAGGACCAGCUAUUGGGCUUGGAGCAGCACGGGUUGUGGCUUGCCAUUUCUCGGUAAUGGCAGCAGACGUUGGAGCUUUGUUUAAUGCUGGCCCGAAGGUCGUUGCUGGUGCUACGUUUGAGGAGGGCUUGAGCUUUACAGAUCUCGGUGGACCGAGUAUGCACUGCACGAAUGGGACGAUUGACAACCUCGCCGCGAACGAACAAGAGUGUUUCGAGCAGCUACGGAAUAUUUUGAGUUAUCUACCAAACUCGGGAAGUUCUCUGCCUCCAGUUUUUUCAUCUGAAGACCCCCCAGACAGACUCUGCGAGGAGCUGCGAACCAUAAUACCAAGACGAAAAGCGAGAAUGUAUGACCCAAGGAAGAUCAUCACAACAGUUGUGGAUAAUGGAAGUUGGUUCGAGAUUGGUGCACUCUGGGGAACGACAGCCAUUAUCGGUCUCGCAAGACUUGGUGGCCGCUCGGUGGGCAUAAUAUCUCUGAACUGCGAAGUAAAUGCUGGUGCUCUAGACGCGGCAGGCAGCCAGAAGAUCACUCGGCAUUUGAAGUUUUGUGAUGUUUUCAAUAUCCCAAUACUCCAAUUUGUCGAUGUGCCAGGAUAUGCUAUAGGCACGAUUGCGGAGCGAACUGCAACGAUGAGACAUGGAGUUGCACUGGCCACAACAUAUUUCUCUACUACAGCACCGGUAUUCAGUGUUGUUACAAGACGAGUAUAUGGCGUUGCUGGCGGGAUAAUGCUGGACUGCCGAGACCCACGAAUGAGGGUAGCGUGGCCAAGUGGCGAAUGGGGUAGCCUCCCACUCGAUGGUGGGAUAGAAGUUGGCCACGCGGCGGAGCUGAAAGCGAUCAAAGACAUGGGGCAACGUGAAGCGAGAUACAAAGAGCUGGAGGAGGAAUAUACCCGACUCAUGAACCCAGUGCGUACAGCGAACGCAUUUGGGGUUGAGGAAAUCAUCGAUCCAGCCAUGACCAGGCGGAUCGUUGCCGAGUGGCUGAAGCAUGUGUAUGAGGAACUUUUGCCAAUGAGGCUGUUGGAUCGAGCAAAUGGGAAGAUCCAUCCGAUUUUUUAUUGAAAAGCAGAAAUCUGGUGACCACUGGAUUUGUUCUUGGAUCGCUUGGAAAAGGGUUGCAUUUGCGUGCGGCAUAUCCUUCCCAACCUUCACAACCGAGAAAACGUCCGCAUAGCUGCGGACAAACCCGAGAAUAUCAUAUUCUGGAACAGCUUAUUCGAUAUCGGAAUCUCGACAUGAGCAUUUUCCAUUUCCGUCUUUGGACCUGAGCUGUUGCUGCUAUAGCC